CUUGCUAACGUUGGCGUGAAUAGGCCAUGUUCAGUUUUGUUAUGCACGUCGUGGUAACUUCAUAUAAAUUGUUAGCUCCGCUUGGUCAACUGGUACAAUACGUCUUACCGUAUAGUAACAUGGCCGCAAAAACAAUUAAAGGCGCGAUUAAUUUCAACACAAAACAUUUAAAGAAAGGGGAUCCUCUUCCACCGUAUAAUGGGAAGUUAAGAGUAUACAAUAUGCGAUACUGCCCCUACGCGCAACGAACGAUUUUGGCGCUAAACGCUAAGCAAAUUGACUAUGAAGUUGUGAACAUUGACCUUAAGGAAAAACCGGAAUGGUUAACAAGAAAAAGUGCUUUUGCUAAAGUACCGUCAAUAGAAAUUGAAGAGGAUUUAUGCAUCUAUGAAAGUUUAGUAACAGUAGAGUAUUUAGACGAGGUUUAUACGCAACGCCCGUUAUUACCUAAAGAUCCAGUCAAGAAAGCUUUCGACAAAAUAAUCGUCGAAGCUAUAGGACCUGUUCAGGCAUGCUUGUACAAACAUUUAUUAGCGCCGGAUUCCGUUACUGAUGAGGUAAUUGCUGCAUAUAACAAGGCUUUGAAGUUCAUCGAAGACCAAUUAAAAAGUCGCAGUACCACAUUUUUAGAUGGAAAUGAACCAGGAUAUGCCGAUUAUAACAUCUGGCCAUGGUUUGAACGGAUAAUGAUCAUUAAAGAUAAUUUUAAACUUUUGGAUAUAAAUGCAACAAAUUAUCCUUUACUGGUAGAGUAUAUACAAAAUAUGUAUAAAGAUCCUGCAGUGAGCCAAUACUUAGUGCCUGGUGAAAUAUUGUUAGAAUUUCUAAAGGGAUAUAAAGAAGGACGUCCUAAUUAUGAGUUACUUAAUGAGAACUAAUGUAUUAUACAUUUAUUUGUUUUGAACACUUAAACAUCAUUUAACAUUGUGGGUAGGCUGGUAUCUUUUUCAGAGAUAAGCUUGCUGUAGACAUAUUAAAAUAAAAAAUUACAAAUGUUUUAAAGUGCAAUAAAGAUCAUCAAUAAAUCAUCAAA